AUGACUAGAAGUCCGGUUAAUCAUUCUGUUUUCUAUCGUCAUUCUAAUGGGAAAUGCAUACACCUUGUAGUAUAUGUGGAUGCCAUUAUUAUUACAGGGAGUGAUCAAGAGGGCAUAUCUCAGUUGAAAGAGUAUCUCUUUAGUCGGUUCCAGACCAAGGAUUUGGGCAAGUUGAAAUACUUUCUUGGAAUUGAAGUGACUCAAUCUAGCAGUGGUAUUGUUAUUUCUCAAAUGAAGUAUGCCUUGGAUAUUUUAGAAGAAACUGACAUGUUGGACAGUAGACCGGUUGAUAAUUCAAUGGAUCCGAAUGUUAAACUCCUACCAGGACAUGGGGAGUCAUUGCCUGACCGAGAGCAAUAUAGGAGAUUAAUUGGAAAGCUGAAUUAUCUCACGAUCACACGACCGGAUAUCUCUAACGCAGUUAGUGUGUUGAGUCAGUUUCUUGAGACUCCAUGUGAUUUUCAUUGGGAUGCUGCUGUUUGUGUUCUAAGUUAUAUCAAGAGAGCACCAGGACAAGGCUUAUUAUAUGGAGAUAGAGGACAUUCACAAGUUGUUGGGUAUUGUGAUGCAGAUUGGGCUGGUUGCCCAUUUAACAGACGCUCUACUUCAGGUUAUUGUAUUCUCAUUGGAGCUUAUGUGGCUUAA